UAUUGUUGGAGUUCAUUUCUCGACACGAACAUGUUGUUUACUGUACUAAUUGUUAUCAGUAUUGUGAUUGUUAUUACUUUAUACAUUGCUGGAAAAUGUAACGAAAAUUAUUGGAAGAAACGUGGUGUGACUUUCUAUGAGAAGAAUAGAUUGACUGGUCCCUUCUUAAAUUUUCUUACUGAUAAAGAGCCGCUGUUUAUUCAUCUGUUUAAAAUUUAUCAGCAAUAUCCUAAUGAACCGGCUGUUGGAAUUGGUGGAUUCCUUACACCCACCCUUUAUAUAAGAGACCCCGCGAAUGUACAAGCUGUACUUUCAUCAGAUUUUAAUUCUUUCUAUCACCGAGGCGUUGAAAUCAAUGAGGAUGAUGUAUUGGCCAACAACAUCUUGUUUCUAAAUGGCAAUAAAUGGAAACUUAUAAGACAGAGUAUGACACCUCUAUUUACUGCAUCGAAACUGAAAAGCAUGUUCUAUAUUAUCGAUAAGAGUGCACAAGAUUUUUUAAAGUACUUAAGGGAAAACAAAGAAAUUCAAAAAGGUGACGCGUUUAAGACUUUGUCUACAUUUUGUAGUGCUGCCAUCUGUGCUACAGUGUUUGGUGUAAAUACAGAAUCAAUAUUCGAUUCACCAUUUUUAAAGAUUGCACGGGGAAGUUUCCGUUCAACUCUUAUAACUAACAUACAAUUCCUUAUGUCACAUUUCGCCGAAAGAUUCUGUCAAAUAUUAAAUAUAAAAGCUUUUAAGCAAUUUGAGGACUUUUUUGUAGGAGCCAUAAAGCAAGUUAUUCGUCAGCGUGAGAUAGAAAAUAUUAGAAGACAUGAUUUUGCUGAUAUUUGCAUAGCUUUAAAGAACAGUGGGAAACUUGUUGACCCUGAUACUGGUCUGGAACUAGAGACAACGGAUGAGUUACUCGCCGCUCAAGCAUUUUUCUUUUUUGUCGCUGGAGUAGAGCCGAUAGCUACAGCAAUGUUUGCCACUUUUGUGGAAUUGGGUAAAAACUCGGAAAUACAAAAACGUGUUCAAGACGAAGUGGACGGCGUUUUCGAAGAACAUAACGGACCAUUGUCUUAUGAUAUCAUUUCUGAAAUGGUUUAUCUCGAUAUGGUCAUCAAAGAAGCUAUGAGAUUGCAUCCCGCUAUUGGCUUUGUAACGAGGAAAUGCGUUCAGAACACUAUUUUACCAGUUGGUAACAUAAAAGUAGACAAAGGGACAAAAAUUUUCGUUCCGAUAUAUGAAUUACAUCAUGACCCGAAGUAUUUUCCCGAACCAGAGUUGUUUAAACCAGAUCGAUUUUCUAGUGAAAAUAAACAUAACAUCUUAGACAUCACAUAUUUGCCAUUCGGUAAAGGUAAAAGAAUUUGUAUUGGUAUGAGAUAUGCUCAUAUGCAAGUCAAAACUGGUUUAGUUCAUAUCUUACGACAUUUCAGUAUUAAGACAAAUAUAAACAGAGAUGGCAUUAAGUAUAUGAAACAUCAAAUUCAAGUGAGAUUGGAAAAUGUAGAUGUUGAAUUUGUACCUAGAUAGAUGUGAAUGACUCGGUGUUUAUUAUUAAUAAAUAAACUACAAUCAUAUUUUACAGUACUUUAAAUGACGAAAGCUUCAAGUACAGAUUUAAACAAUAUUUAUUAAAAUAAAACUAAUAUUUCUCGGAUUUACUACGCGUAUUUUAUAAUUUUAAAAACUACAUAAUCCUGACGUUUUGGUUACUUUUCAGCAACCGUGAUCACGGACAGACGACACAUCACGGAAUUAUGUAGCUUUUUAAAAUAAUAAAAUACGAGUAGUUUAUGCGAAAAAUAUUAGUUUUAUUUAAAUGAAUGCUCGCGAAAGUCUUAGAUCUCACAAUCAUUAUAUAAAUAAUGUGUUUACUGCCUUAAACAUUAGUAAUAUUUAAAUACUAGCUUGAAAUAAAUAUUUGAAAGCAAAACAUUCUAAUGAAUUGCUAUGUGAAUUGUAACACCUCACAACAUGUAAUGUAUUAUUUAAUGUUUAAUAUUAAGCACUAACAACCAUCACUUCUUUUGUACUUUUGUAAUGAACUUAAAUAAAAGUAUAUUUUUUUUAAAACGCUUAUUUCAUUUGCGGUCAAGGAAGUAUA